UCAAUCCUAGCAAAGCUCGAGUCUUGCAACCGAGUCUUCUCAAACUGGACGUGCUGAUUGGAGGAACGGGUAAAAAUCUGGCAAAAAAUAUCGGGUUUGUGUUUCCUUCACCCAAGCUGAAAUGAUUGCGUACUCUUGUGCACAAAAAAAGCAAGUGAUUUAACAAAAGUGGCUUAAUUGUUCAUUGUGUUUCAUCGUGCAAAUAAAGCAAAUUGACGUGCAAAUCAACCGUAGAACCUGUUAUCUUUGUGCAAAAAGAAACAAAAAAAGGCUACCAGAAGAUGUGUUGCACGGUGCCAGUAGUGUGAAUCAAGCAAACGUAUCCAUUGUGCAGGAUACGUGAUGUACAGUUGCGAAAAGAAACGUGAACAGGGAUUGCAAAUCAUCACCUUGACUACAUCCAUUAUCUUCCAUCUCCGGUGAAAUCGCCUACCACUCCUGCCGACGACAUAUCCUUUCCGAGAGACAAGGAAAACCAGCGUAGUACGGCGUCGCGUGCAAACGGAACAAAAAGGACUUACACACAUCGUGCUUGUGGAAUAUUUUUUCUGUAAGCUUGAUCGCUCCUGACAACACUUCGAAGCAAUGAUCGAUUUUACGGAUGAUUUGGAAAACUGGAUGGGCAGACUACCGGCCGAAUUAAAGGCUCUGCCUUUAAUACACUUGGCCAUACCCGGAUCGCAUGACACGAUGUCGUACGGUAUUAAAAACAAGGCACCGGUCGCACCGGAUGCUGAUCCAAUCGUAGGGACGCUCAACAAAUUCAUCCCCUGCGUCGUACGGCGGUGGGCCGUAACGCAACGUUACACCAUCCUGGAGCAGCUAAAGUGUGGAGUAAGGUACUUUGAUUUGCGCAUUUGCAUGAAGCGACCGGAGAACAAGUUUUACUUUGUGCACGGACUGUUCUGCGAAGAGAUUACGGAACCGCUCGACCAGCUGAAAGAGUUUCUUCGCACGCACCCAAAAGAGUUCGUUGUGCUGGAUUGUCAGCAUUUCUAUUCGUUCAAUCCGACCGACCACUGCGUGCUGUCGGCAGAGCUGAACCGCAUCUUUGACAGGAAGAUAUUUUCCCGCAACGUUAACGAGCUGAAGGAUUGCACCCUGGAGUCGGCCACCGGGAAUGGGAAGCAGGUGCUGAUUGUGUACCGCAGCGAUGCGUGCGUAAAUGAGCGAUUUUGGCUGAGCCAGGACUGGCCGACGCCCUGGCCGAAUGAGAUCAACGUGAAGAAGCUGCAGCAGUAUCUGGACGAAUCGCUCGCCCAGCGUCGCCCCGAUACGGGAUACGUGUCGCAGUGUGUCCUGACGCCUACGGUGCGCUACAUAGUGCCUCGUUUCAUGUCCUCGUUGCGUACCACCUGCGCCAAAGCGGUGGACCGACAGUUGAUGGAGUGGAUCAAGGGCCAGAUACCGGGCACCUUCGCCGGCGAGGAGAAGCCUCGCACGAACGUGUUUUUGGCCGAUUUCGUCGACAUUGCAGACAAUCAGUUCUGUAAGGUGGUGGUGGGAUUGAACAAAAAGCUGCUGGAACAGGAAAACACCAGUACACACAGUUCCCCGUCGAAGAAAAGUACGUAAAUGGAGCUGGAGUUUUAAAAUGGAUUGGAUUUGUGUGGAUUUUAACGAUUCUCAGUGAACCUAGUCCAGCUCAGCUAAAGCUGUGUUUUCGUGUCGAAAGUUACGUUUUAUGGUUUAAACAUUCUCUCCGGGCAAAAAGGCAAGUGAACUUUAUUCUUAAUCUAUUUACAAAGCUAAAGUUUUAUUACUGUGAUACUAUCGUUUAUUAGAUUUCAAUUUGUUUGGUGCUGAAAAAUUAUUCUUUUUUUCUAAAACAAGGGAAACAUGACUAAAGGUGAAGGUUUGAUCGACACGUAGUUUAGAUUUUAUGCAAUUCUGACCUCUCCGUCGUAAUUUAUCAGUAAGCUGGACUGCUGAUGUUUGCGAAAAAGAACCACUGCGUUCUUUAGGGUACGCACAUUUUAUGUUCAUAAGUGAAAACAUAUUCUGACCAAAAUCAUUACAUUUCUCAUAAGUCGUGUGUAAACAAUUCUCUUAAAAUAACGGCCAAAUGCAGCAACAUGAAACGGCACAAUCUCAGUGGCAAAGUGACAAUCGUCGGCAAAUGAUACAAUACGAUAGCGAUAAUCACAUCGGUUCAUCAAUGAAACCACCUUUUCUUACACAGCAAAACAAACUGUUUCUCUCUUAUCGCAGAACCUUAUCUACGCGUUCCGCCAAUAUUUAUGUACAAAUAGAUGGUAUCGAUAAGUGUGAAGAAAUAUGUUGGCUAUAGCCACUUUAUUCAAAUAAAAGGAAAAGAAAACACAGAUGAAAGCGUACAGUGAGAACCAGUUAAGAGGGACAACCCCCAAUGCAAGAGAUCUAAUGUAAUCAUACAGCCAUAUUAUUAUACUUACAUGUUGUUACUUCCGUUCAUGUUUGACCUUCACUAGCGAAGCAACAAGUUACAGCAGCAGUAAGCCAAACAGACAAACAAAACAAACUAGAACCGGAAAAACGGAAUGGUUUCAAAGUUCUGAUUCCGCAUACCUCCGUACAGAUGUGCAUGUGAAUGUAAUUUAUCGUGAAGGAUGUGUAAGUAAGCAGUUGUUUAAAUGUGGAUGUGAGAUAAAAGCAGUAAAUAAUCUCCUGCACAGCAGAUACCGCAGUGCGUAUAGUAGGUCGUCGUUAUGCAAAAGUUAUAUAGCCUAAACCGGGGUGUGGUGGUUUGGAUGUUGAAGCGGUUCUAGUAAAUGGUUUUUAACCAUAAAAGGGGGAAGCGAACGCAAUAUUGAUUGCCGCAAUCACACUCAGGAUGGAGAGCAUGUCCUCGUGUGGAUUAAACAAAGUAAAAUAACAAAAUUAAAAUAAUUCAGAAUGGCCUAUACACACAGAUAUAAAGGUACGAGCGCGUACACAGCAAAGGAAACAAUCAAAUCUACAAAACAAACAAACAACUGGGGAGAACAUUAAGAACUAUUAAGCUCUAUUUUCUUCAUGCUUCUCUGAACUCUUCUAUAACUUCAACAGUGAUUAGCAGUAGUAGCCGGCUGCAGUAGAAUCUUAAAAUUUAACAAACAAAUUGUAACAAUUCGACUUCUUGAACCAUUCACUGCUUCCCGUCCAACUCUUUACUGUAGCGCGACCUUUUUUGGUCUCUUGGGGACAAAGAUUAGACAUAUCAGGGUAGAAAAGCACAACAACAAAAAACAGACCAUUGUCGCCAACUGUUUGGCCCGGGCUCUGUCGUAGUAUAAAGUAUUCACAAAAUUGUUGUACUGUGUGUACAUUGUGUAGCUAGUUUUAUGACUGAUCGUUUUUUGAUAGAAGUUAAACUUAAACUCAAUGAACAAUCUUGCACCGUUUCAUAGAGCAUAGCAGCUAUAGCAGCAGCAGCAGCAGCAGCAGCAAACAAGUUAGAAUUCAAGAUACGACAUAUGACUGAACAAAAAGCAAAAGAAAAAACCUGCUAUAGAAUGCAUCUUUGGCUCAAACGGCACGGUUUGAGACUGUGAAAAAAGGGAGUGAGGAUGCACAAAUAGCAUGAUAAUAUUGGCCCACCUACAUAUAUAUAUUAUACGAUACAGUAUCUUGCACAGUUUGUUAACGGUUAACUUUAAAGAAUCAAGCUCAAACUCAGUUCGAACGAAGGUAGUAGAGAUUGCUGAUACAAAAUAGGAAGGAGAUGGUUUUGGGGUUUUCCGCGUCUAUGGGAGCACAAUACAGGUAACAAACACAUACACACAAUAUUACAAGUAAGGUAACGAUAUUUAAUACAAUGCAACGUGUACACGUGUAAUAAUUGUGAUGUUCAAACUAUUUGUGACCGUUGAAAACUGAUGUACCCGGAAUAGUUGUGAGUGAAGUUUAAAGAAAGAUUGAAAAUAUACAUUUUGCUGGAACAACCGGAA